CCCUGGGGGAUAGGGGGACAUAUCCCCCUGCGCCCUUGUAAGUAGCGCCCUAAGACUGAGCAAAACAUUAAACAAUUUAUUACUAAUCGUGUGUUACUAAAUUAAACAAAAGUAAAUAAGAAUACAAAGAGCACUUCAUAAAAGUCUGCUUCGCUUCGGCAGAAAUCAUUAAGAGAUUACUAUUAGAUUACUCUUUUACAACGCUUGCAUUGUCUACCUACUUUUUGACACAAAGUAUGCAGUGUUUGUUUGUUUUACUACCCAUAAAAAUAAAAAAUACCACUUUCAAUUUGAAUUACACCGGAAAUUAUUUAACCUGUGAUAAGAUAAACCGUUUUGCUUUACAUCAUUUUGUAGUAGUGUACAUAAAUGAUUAUGACACCAGACAAGACAAAGUAAGAAUUGUUUUUUAUAGUACCUACUCGUAUUCGCACAUGAUUAGUAGUGAAAUAUAAUCUAAGGACUCCCUAUUCAUAUCCAUUUAUAAAAUCUGAUAUAAGAUCAUGCCAUUGCCUUGCCCCAUUUACUUCUGCAGUAGGAUUAUUUUAUAUUUAAUUGAUAAUUCUUUCAGUUCAAGUUCAAGUUUAAAGUGCACGCGUGUAUGUUAGCUUUGUUUAGUUUGUUAUUGUUUUGCUAUUGCAACUGCAUGUGCGUCAAGGCCAAGUUUUUAGGUGUGGAGUUUUCUGCGUCUUGUGGGGGCGGUUUAGCUAUAAUUAACAGAAACUGGUUAACGCCAAGAAAAAAAAAUGCCUUCUGGCCACCCUACAAAACUCAAUCUGUGUACGAAAAAGCAUUAAAAACGGGAGAGACACCAAAUGAAGCAAACUGGAAAAUUUAUCCUGUUUCUAGGUGCUUCUUCGAAACAGAUGAUUACUCGAAAGCAAGGUCAAAACUAAAGAGAGCCGAAUUACAGUCCGAUGUUCAAUCAGAUGCCGAUGAGGAUUCGUGUUUAAGUAAGAGGGCUAUUCAUCCUCCAAAACGGUUGUGCUAUGAAAGCAGUGAUGAAGAAGGGUCACUCAGUACACUUCCUGCACCACCUCCAAUAAAUAUCUCAGAGCUUUCUAAAAAUUUAUUAAAUGCAGAGUCGGCAGGUUCGCCGGGUAGAUCUCCACAUUCAAAUCCAAUUUCUAUUAAAAAGAAUCGUCCUUCAAAGGCCUCUUUAAUUAUCUCGGAACACGAUAGACAAACUCCGGCUAAAUAUAAUGAUGUCACGUCAGGUUGCUCAAGUUCACUACAAUCGACUCCGUACAGGAUAAGAAAUAAACUCUUCAUACCUGAUAAUCUAGCUGAUAAUUUAGAAACUGAAGAUACAGAAAUUUGUGAAACAUUAAAUGAAGGACAAUCAGGUCCAUCAAGUGUAUUAAAUUCACGAGUUUCGAGUCCUAAUUUGAAUCAUACCAUUGUUGAUGUGGAUGAUUUGCUACGUGGAACUCAUGUUGAUUACCAUGAUAAAAAAUAUAAGACUUUAUUGCGGUUACUGAUCCACAUCAAGUCUCAAAAUGAUCAUGUUGCUAAGCAAAAUGAAGCCAUUUUAAAGUCUUUAAAGAAGAGAGAAGUUUUACAACAAAGUAAUACCUCAUAUCAACUGCCCAAUGACGUCCCUGUGAAAAUCCCCAUACAACAAUUACUGGAAAUACCAAUAAUUGAGGAAUACCUAUCUGAAGAAGAUCACCUAUGUGCUAUGAGUGCAUAUUUAUCCACCUUAGGUGGCCGCGACAUUACAACUAAAACAAAUACUAUUUUGAGAAGUGUGAUCUCAAACAAAGUAGCAAUCAAUUUCAGUUUUUUGGGAACCCGUAACAAUAAGCAGGCAUUUACUAAAUUAAACUUAAAUAAAUUGAUUAUUCGGGCUGUGCAGUUAUCAACGCCAAAUACACCAGAGCAUGAAAUCAACGAAAAUGUGAAAGUCUGGUUGAAACAUGCUCCUCAGAGACUGACACUCGAAAAUAAAAAACAAAAAGAAAAUAAAUAGGUAUGUUAGUUGUACAAGAAUUAAUUUU